AUGGUCAACAAGAUCCUGUUUUGGUCGGGCUUCGGUAUUGCGGGACCAUAACACGCUGAAGACUGUUCGAAAUCACUAACAGCAGCUUUCAGGCCUCGCUGUCCGUUUCUGGCAGCUUGGAAUCGAGAUGCGACCUUUCUUCCAGCGCGAGAACUGGCUUAUCUACCCAAUCUACGGCACUCUCGGAGCUUCUUUCGGCUAUUGGCUUCAGGGAGUUGAGAACAAGCAGAUGCGAUAUCUCUCAGAAACUCGCGACAGGCUGAUCGAGAAGAGAAAGAGGCGUGCACAGAGGGAGGGAGGAUUAGAUGCAGGGAGCAGGAGUCAGAGAGAGGAUGAGGGCCUCUUGGCAUCUCCAAGGUAUGUGGUGGAGAAGGACGCAUUGUCAAUUCCUCCAGAUACUCAGGAGAGGACUGCGGCAGCGUCUUAG